GAGGACCAGGUUGUAACUAGGGUUUCUAGAGAGAGAGAGAGAGAGAGAGUGAGCAAGGGAGAGAGAGGAGGAGAGGGAGAUCGAUUUAAAAGCAGGUCACGUUCACUUCGCCUCUCCGCCUAAAUCUCCACACCGCUCUCCCUCUCGGAUUCCCAAAUCCUAGGGUUUAACCUCCCUCCUCUUCCUCCUCCUCCUCCUCUUCCGGGUCUCGCUCCCCCAAUUCGGGUCGGGGUUGUCUGCUUCGUCCGAAUCUGCCGCCAUGAGCAACGCGAAGGAGAACUUCAACGUGGCCGAUCUCACUGCUGCUCUCAACGACGAGGAUCGAGCUGGCCUCGUUAAUGCUCUCAAGGAUAAGCUCCAGACUUUGGCUGGACAGCACUCGGAUGUGCUCGAGAGUCUUGCACCCAAUGUCCGGAAGCGCGUGGAGGUCCUGAGAGAGAUCCAGAGCCAGCAUGAUGAAAUAGAGGCAAAAUUCUUUGAGGAGAGAGCUGCACUUGAAGCAAAAUAUCAAAAGCUGUAUCAACCUCUGUACACAAAAAGAUAUGAGAUUGUAAAUGGUGUUGUGGAAGUGGAAGGGGUUACUAAUGAGGCAGCGAAGGAGCAAGAGGAGGCCAAAGCCGAUGAAGAGAAAGGAGUCCCUAAUUUCUGGCUUGCUGCCAUGAAAAACAAUGAAGUUUUAGCUGAGGAGAUCUCCGAGCGUGAUGAAGGCGCUCUCAAAUUUGUCAAAGAUAUUAAGUGGUGUAGAAUAGAUGACCCCAAAGGGUUUAAACUUGAGUUCUUCUUUGAUACAAACCCCUACUUUAAGAACUCUGUCUUGACGAAGAUCUAUCACAUGAUAGAUGAAGAUGAACCUAUACUGGAGAAAGCAAUAGGGACGGAGAUCGAAUGGUAUCCAGGAAAAUGCUUGACGCAGAAGCUCCUCAAGAAAAAGCCGAAGAAAGGAUCAAAGAAUGCGAAGCCUAUAACAAAAACCGAGAAUUGUGAAAGUUUCUUUAAUUUCUUUAAUCCGCCUCAGGUCCCUGAUGAUGAUGAAGACAUUGAUGAAGAGACUGCUGAGGAACUUCAAAAUCUGAUGGAACAAGAUUAUGACAUUGGGUCGACCAUCAGGGACAAGAUCAUCCCGCAUGCAGUCUCAUGGUUUACAGGGGAGGCUAUUCAAGGAGAGGAUUUGGAAGAUCUAGAAGACGACGAAGAUGAUGAAGACAUUGACGAGGAUGAAGACGAGGAUGAGGAUGAGGACGAAGAAGAGGAAGAAGAGGAUGAAGAAGAAGACACAAGCAAGAGUAAAAAGAAGUCAUCCGGACAGAAGAAGGCUGCCAGAGCAUUGGCUGGGGAUGCCCAACAGGGAGAGAGGCCUCCAGAAUGCAAGCAGCAGUGAUGUUUUCGCUCCAUUGAAAUCGCAAGAGUCUGAAGCAGGCCGUCACAGAUUGAGGAGUGGGGGGGGGAUGGGUUGUAUUGCAGUUUUGGUCGGUCUAGUUUGUUUCUCUUCUGGUAUGUGGGGUGAUUGAUUGGGGAAUUUCUAUCGUGGUAUAGUUGUUGGUUUGAUUUGGGAGGUAUGGCUCAUGUGUCUAGGGAAAUCAUAGCAUAUCAUCAUGUGCUUAAGGUAAAUCUGCUUUAGGGAUCUUCAUGUCUUACAAUUUUGUUCCAUUGGAAUGUCUCCUAGUGCUCUUGUAUUCGUGAUCAUCGGACUACCGAUUAUUUGGUAUUAAAAAGUCAAUUCAUAGUA